AUGGGAAAUUGCUUGGUUAUGCAGGAAAAUAUAACAAAGAUUAUGAGACCUGAUGGGAAAAUCCUAGAGUACAGAGCAGACAUGAAAGUUUACCAGGUUUUGUCAGAAUUUUCUGGCCAUGCAAUAUCUGAGACGGCUCCGGUCUACCAGCAUCUCCGGCCAGACACCAAACUGCUUGGUGGCCGCCUCUAUUAUCUUGUACCUCUUCCGUUGCCACCUAAAAAGGCUUCCCAGAAGAAGGUGAGGUUUGCGAAUCCUGAAGUCGAAGCUGAACAAGAAACCAAAGUUGUAAGGAUCAAGAUAGUUAUAAGUAAGCAAGAAUUGCAGGAGAUGUUGAGAAAGGGAGGAGUUUCAGUCGAUGACUUGGUUUCUCAGCUUCAGAGUGACAGAAGCAUAGAUAAGACUAACAGCUUCAAUGAUGAUGGUAACUGUGAAGGGUGGAAACCUGUUCUAGAAAGCAUACCUGAAGUAAACUAG